CCACAGCUCCGCGACUGCCAGCGUCGCCUUACGCAUCAGCUCGGGCAUGGACACCACCACGACCACCCUGCUCGACGGCACGUCCGUGCUCGCCGACCCGGAUCUGCAAGAGCACACGGCAAAGGCGGGGUCGCUUGCGGUGCGAGGCUUCUUCAAGUGGGUCACGUUUGAGGUGCUCGGCCACGCGGUGCUCGCCACCCUCUGCACCGGCACCUCCUACGUCCUCUUCCAGUACAUACUCAAUGUCGAAAACAUCGGUGCUCGGCGUGAUCCUCGUAGCGCGGAUCGUCAACGGGUCGCAGCAGGCCACCUCGGCCGCGGGCAGCGUCAUCGCUUUUGCCUCUACGCUCCGCACCGUCGCGAUGCUCUCGUGCAACGUGUCCGAGACUCUGACGAUCAACGCGGGGGCUGACCAUGAGAAGAAGGCGACGACCAAGUUCCGGUACGAGCUGGUCCGGCUGCUCAACCUCUCCUUUUACUGCUACACGCUCAUGCUCAAGGGGCUCAAGCUCGUGACGCCGCCCGCGUCGCUCAUCCCCCUGGAGGGGGGGGUGAUGGAGGCGGAGGUCCUGUCCGUGGUCUCGUGCCCGACGGCGAUGGUCUGCAAGUGGAUCACGUCGCUGCUCGAGGAGCAGCGGCAGGCGGCGCGCAUCACCGACCAGCAGGUCUCGGUGAUGACGACGGAGCUCAUCAAGCUGAUGAAGGUCUACCAAGACACGCACGGCCUGCAGUUCACGCCGAUGCCGGCGAUGCUCAACGGCUUCUCCUACUUUUUCGUCGUCGUGUGGGUCUACUCGAUGGCCCCCGUCAUCGCAAUGAUGGAGAUGCACGACAACGGCGAUCUCAACAACGAGGGGUUCGGCCUCGGCCUCGCCUUCUCCUUCUUCCUCGCCCUCUUCUACUUCGGCCUCUACGAGGCGGGCAAGAUCAUCGAGCAGCCCCUCGCCGGCGUCGUCGACUUGCUGCCUAUCGACGAGAUGGGGCACACGCUCUCCGACGACCUCUCCAACCUGGUCGACGAUCCGAACGACGAGGUGCCCGUUUUCCUUCCCCGCCCGCCCGACGCGCGCAACGGCAAGAUCUGACCGCCCCUGAGGCGGAGCCGCGGGGAGGCGGAGCCGCGGGGAGGCGGAGCCGCGGGGAGGUGGAGCCGUGGCCGCGCGCUUGGCUCGGCGACACGCCACGCGCGGUCGUCGGAGGUAGCGAGGGGCCAGGGCAGGGGCCGCCUGCGCUGCACGUACGUUUAUACGCAGGGGUUUAGCCAGAGAGGGUGCCGAGGGGCCGGCCGAGCCGACGCGGCUACGCGGUGGAGUUGCCGGCGAUGUGUGCCGCAGAGCGGACGCACUCGAGACUCUGCCUACCAGGCUGGUGCUCACGCGAAAAGGAAUCGACGCGAUGUACAAAGCAUACAACAAGAGGAGAAAGAAGAGGACGGACAUCAGUGAUGACGAAACAGAAGCUAGCGCAG